AUGACAAUUAUAAUUAAUAAAUUUACUUCAAAAUGGUUUACAACCAUCAUUGGAAUAUUUAUUAUAUUAUUUAAUACAAUAUCAGGUCAAUGUCCAAUGGUAAACAGUCCAUGUCGGUGUGCUCCAUCUAUUUAUGAACCAGUAGCUAUAUUAUGUGAAAAUGCUGGAAGUUUAUCAAAUGUAAUUAAUGCAAUUCAACAAGCAAAAAGUGUCCCAAUUGAUUCUUUAACAAUUGUUGAUACUGCUAUUCCAAAUAUUCCAGCAAAUGUAUUUAUUGAAUUUACAAUACUUCGCCUUGUUAUGAAUAGAAAUACUUUAGAAACAAUACAAAAUGGUGCCUUUAAUGGAAAUAUGUUAGAUUCAUUGGUUGAAUUAGAUCUUUCUGAUAAUAAUCUUCGUCAAGUUCCACAACAAGGUUUACCAGCAUUAAGAUCAUUAAGAAAAUUAUAUUUAAAUAGAAAUAGAAUUAGUACACUUUCACCAACAGCUUUUAAUAAUUAUUAUAGUAAAGAUAAAUUAUUAAAAUUAGAGAUAGCUGGAAAUAGACUUACAAAUGCAGCAUUUACAGGUUCAAAUGUUUUAAGAGCACUAACAUCAUUAGCAGAACUUAGUUUAGAAACAAAUUCAUUAACACAAAUACCAAGUUAUGCUUUAGCUGGAUGUAGAGAUACAUUGGUUAAUUUAAAUCUUGGUUUAAAUCAAAUUAAUCAAGUUCCAGUUGGAGCAUUAGAUUUUCCUAAAUUAACAUCAUUAUCUCUUGAAUUUAAUGGUAUUGUUACUAUUAUUCCACAAGCUUUUCAAGGUGUACCAACAUUACAAUACUUAUAUUUAACUGGUAAUAAAUUUCCACGAUGGAAUCCUGAAAUGUUUUUCUAUAUUAAACAAUUAAGAACACUCGGUAUUGGUGAAACACCAAUAAGUAUUAUACCUGCUGAUGCAUUUAAAUAUUUACCUAAUCUUAUUAGACUUGAAAUGUCAGAAGCUGCCGUUUAUCAAAUUGAUCAAGGUGCUUUUCAACAAACAAAAUUAAUUCAAGCUAUUAUAAUGAAUAGAAAUCGUCUUAAUGAAAUUCGUACUGAUUAUUUUACUGGUUUAAAUGAUCUUUAUUCAAUUGAUUUACAAAAUAAUCGUAUUGAACGUGUUGAUGAUGCAGCUUUUGCUAAUUUACCAUCACUUAGACAUCUUGAUAUAAGUUAUAAUUUGAUACAAACAAUGCCAACAAAUUCAUUUACAAAUUCUUUCAUUCCAGAACCUAAUGAUCGUCGUGUAAUAUAUGCAUGUGCAAAUCCAUGGCUUUGUGAUAGUCGAUUAGAAUGGUUUAGGCAACUUCUUAGAACAAAUGCUGAUAUUGAUAUAGAUAAACCUGGUUGUGUAGCACAAUGUUUAACACCAACAGCUAAUGGAUGUCCACCAGUUGGAACUAUGCUUCGUAAUAUUGAUAAUUGUCCAAUUGCUGACAAUCCACUUCCAUUAAGUAGUUCUGCUUUAAAUAUGGUUGGAUGGAUUAUUUUAGCUGUUGUUUUAACAAUUCUUUUAAUUAGUAUAUGUUUAAUGGCUAUAUUACGUUAUGGUAUGAGUCAUCGAAGGAAAAAACAAAAAGAUCAGGAAAUGGAAGAAAAUCAAUUUGCUACAUCAGGAGCAUCUGUUUAUCAAGCAUCCAUGGUUAAUGGAGGAACACCAAUACAACAACCAUCACAACAUCAUUAUCCACAAUCUGUUGUUGAUUUAGAUUUACCUCCAGCAUAUAAUUUAGACAACAAACCAAAUAACUAUAUGUACUAA